GAGCGUGCGCGCGCCCCACCGGAGCAGGCAGGGGGAGGAGGAGGAGGAGGAAGCUAACCCGCCUGCCCGCCUUGCCGUGGCGCCUGGCGCGCGCUCUCCGCCUGCCUCGCUUCCGCCGGGCGCCGCUGCUCUCUGCUUCCCUCUCCCCGCCCUCACUCCCUCCGGCCUGGGCCCGGCGCUCCCACCGGGCAGCUCCCAUCGGGCCGCCGCCGUCGUCAUCGCGCCCCCCACCACCCCGCCCCCUUCCGAGACGCUCUGGUUGGGGGUGACCCGCCGACGGCAGUCUCUCUCUCCGCAGCGCCCGGGCCUGCCUGUCGCUCCGCCCCGGGCCUGUCCGGUGACAGUCGCGACCGCGGGAGGUGGCGGCGGAGGAGGAGGCCGGAGCCGGGAUGUCCGGGCAACAGCAACAACAACCCCCGCCGCCGCAGCUCCCCUUGGCAGCCGCCGCUCCCCCGCCGGCGCCGGGGAUCCCAUCAGCCGCCGUCGCCGCCAACCCCGGCCCCGCACCGGCAGCCGCGCUCCUGCUCCACCCGCCGCCGCCGCCGGCCACCGCUGCGCCGCCGCCACCCGCCGCCGCCGGCAGCGGCCCCGCGGCGGCGGGGGGCGGUGGUGCCGGCGCGGCGCUGGGCCUGUCGGCGGGGAGCAGCGGCACCACUGGCACGAGUGCCCCGGCGCCGUUCCCGCACGGUGACCCGGCUCUGAACGAGCAGGAGAAGGAGCUAAAGCGGCGGCUGAAGAGGCUCUACCCGGCCGUGGACGAGCAGGAGACGCCGCUGCCCCGCUCCUGGAGCCCGAAGGACAAAUUCAGUUACAUCGGCCUCUCUCAGAACAACCUGCGGGUACACUACAAAGGUCAUGGAAAAACUCCAAAAGAUGCUGCUUCUGUUCGAGCUACACAUCCUAUACCUGCAGCGUGUGGCAUAUACUAUUUUGAAGUUAAAAUUGUCAGUAAGGGAAGAGAUGGUUACAUGGGGAUUGGGCUGUCAGCACAGGGCGUGAACAUGAACAGAUUACCAGGUUGGGAUAAACAUUCAUAUGGUUACCAUGGAGAUGAUGGACAUUCAUUCUGUUCCUCUGGAACUGGACAACCCUAUGGCCCAACGUUUACUACGGGUGAUGUCAUUGGUUGUUGUGUCAACCUUAUCAAUAAUACCUGCUUCUACACAAAGAAUGGACACAGCUUGGGCAUCGCUUUCACAGAUCUACCGCCAAACUUGUACCCUACAGUAGGGCUUCAGACACCAGGAGAGGUUGUGGAUGCUAAUUUUGGACAGCACCCCUUUGUAUUUGACAUUGAAGACUACAUGCGAGAAUGGAGAACCAAAAUUCAAGCACAGAUUGACAGAUUUCCAAUAGGAGAUCGAGAAGGAGAAUGGCAAACAAUGAUUCAGAAAAUGGUAUCAUCUUACUUAGUUCACCAUGGAUACUGUGCAACAACAGAGGCAUUCGCCAGAUCCACAGACCAGACUGUGCUAGAAGAAUUAGCUUCCAUUAAAAAUAGACAAAGAAUUCAGAAAUUGGUUUUAGCAGGAAGAAUGGGAGAAGCCAUUGAAACAACACAACAGUUGUAUCCAAGUUUACUAGAAAGAAAUCCUAAUCUCUUAUUUGCAUUAAAGGUGCGCCAGUUCAUAGAGAUGGUGAAUGGUACAGACAGUGAAGUGCGGUGUUUGGGAGGCCACAGUCCAAAAUCUCAAGAUAGUUACCCUGUUAGCCCACGAUCAUUCAGUAGUCCUAGCAUGAGUCCCAGCCAUGGAAUGAAUAUUCACAAUUUGGCGACAGGAAAAGGGAGCAGCACGCACUUUCCUGGGUUUGAAAGUAGUUGCAGUAAUGGAGUAAUAUCAAAUAAAGCGCAUCAAUCUUACUGUCACAGUAAACAUACGACUGCCAACUUGAAUGUACCAGAGCUCAACAACAUAAAUGUAUCAAGAUCACAGCAGGUUAACAGCUAUUCCAGCAAUGAUGUAGACAUGGAAACAGAUCACUACUCCAAUGGGGUUGCUGAGACUUCAUCCAAUGGCUUCCUAAAUGGUAGUUCUAAACAUGAUCACGAAAUGGAAGAAUGUGACACAGAAAUGGAAGUAGAUUCAAGUCAGUUGAGACGUCAGCUGUGUGGUGGCAGCCAAGCGGCCAUCGAAAGGAUGAUCCAUUUUGGAAGAGAAUUGCAAGCCAUGAGUGAGCAACUAAGAAGAGAAUGUGGGAAAAACACAGCCAAUAAGAAGAUGCUCAAGGAUGCGUUCAGUUUACUUGCAUAUUCGGAUCCUUGGAGCAGCCCUGUUGGAAAUCAGCUUGACCCGAUACAAAGAGAACCUGUGUGCUCUGUACUUAAUAGUGCAAUACUAGAGACUCACAACCUGCCAAAGCAACCACCGCUUGCCCUGGCUAUGGGACAAGCGUCACAGUGUCUGGGAUUGAUGGCUCGAUCAGGAAUUGGCUCCUGCGCUUUUGCCACAGUGGAAGACUACCUACACUAGCUAUGCAUUUGAAGACCUUAAAGGUGUCAUGGCAUAUUAAACAUGGAAAGUAGGCCAGCUCUGCUGACUGGAAUUUGGGAUUUUAAUUAUGUACUAAGGACAAGUCUGUUGCUUUAUGUUGCUUCCUAGUUUACAGCAUGAUGCAAAUGAUUUCUAACUUAGUGUUAGGAGAAAAUUUCCAUCUUGAAACCUCUUAGACAACUAAGAGUUGAAAAUGUCACUGAUAAUGUCAGACAUCCAGAUUGACAAGUACCGGUCCUUUAAACAAUUGUCCAAAACAAACCAAAAAUCCUGCUACCUUGUGGUGGGACGGAAGGGCGGAAAAGGCAGAUGUAUUAGCAUGUGGGUGAUGCAAAUGUCAAACAGGAUGACUUGCCAACCUCCACCCCCAUUGUUACAUAGUUCAAUCAGUGUAAUUUGCAAAACGCAAAUGGUUUGGAUAUAUAGUGUUGAUGGGAAGAAAUGAUAUUUUUUAAUGUGUACUGUAAAACUUGAAUUACUCAGGAGCUGAGUGAAUAUGUUUGUUGCUACUUACAAUCCCAGCCUGUUGAUCUUAGUAGGGGUUUUUUUUUGUUUUUGUUUUAACAUGGUCUUUUCAACUUUGUUUCCUUGUUUAAUUACAGACAGCUUCUGUUGUGUAGACUCACCAGUUUAACUGUUGUAUUAUAACAGUAUUACAUGUCAACACAGUGUGGUUAUGACCUAUUUAUAUAAAAACCAAAUAUUUAGUCAAUUUACAGUCUUAAUUUAAUCUUUGUACACCUUGCAUUUUUAAAAGUGCUUAAAUAGUACUAUAUUGCAAUAAAAUGUAGUGAUACCAUAAUUAACCAGCCAUUAAAAACUUACUUCUACAUACAUGGUA